AUGGUCUCUAGAACUGUCUCCGCUCCCCUUUUGAAAUACCGUCAAGCCUUGCUGCUGGACAGCAACAGUAGUUUUGCCAUUCCCGACGACUUUGAGGUGAUCAGUGCCAAGAUCACCAAGCAAUGCCUGCAACACGAGGGGCCCCUGAGGGUCAGCACAACUCUGAAUCAUACUACCAGCAGCGCUGCCACUGAUGGCACCCAAAAGGUCCAGCUGCAAGAAACUACUAGUAGUACCAAGAAAACAACAAUGACAGCCCCAAAACGACGCAAACGUCGUGUUCAGAGCGGACCCGCCGUGCAAGACCUUCAGCGCAAGGAGGAUCUGUACACGGCCCGAAUUCCCGUCAUGAUUCAAGACGAACGUGGCAACAUGAAGCUCAGGACCCUGAGGGAAAAGAAAUUGGAACAGACCCUGCACGAAAUUGCUUCCAAAAACAGUACCAGUACUCAACAAUAG